GGCACCAACAACUUGCCCCCGCCCGCAACAGCUGCCACCAAUACGAACAUCUCAAUAUUUUUUUUAUUUUUAAUAUAUUUUCUCCCGCCCGACACGAAAGAACACCACGGUUUUAUAUAGCACCCCUCUCUGCCAAGCGCUCAUUCGAAAGAACACCACGCUUCUUGUCUCGUCCCCUCUCUGCUCUGCUCCAUCAGGGGCUUGCAUCAAAUCAGAGGUGGUGGUAGAGGAUCAGGUGCGCCAGACAGACAGACGCUGCAUGAUGGGGUCCAAAGCUGCAAUCUUCGCCACGGCGGCUGUACUGGCCGUCCUCUUCUCCGCCCCGGCAUUGGCUCAGAAGAGCAGCCCGCCCGCGCCGGCGCCCGUGUCACUGCCGCCGACCCCGGCGCCGGCGCCGGCGCCGGCGCCGCACUACGUGGACCUGGCGGAGCUCCUGAGCGUGGCCGGGCCGUUCCACACGUUCCUCAACUACCUGGAGAAGACGGACGUGAUCGAGACCUUCCAGGGGCAGGCCAACAACACCAAGGUGGGCAUCACCAUCUUCGUGCCCAAGGACUCGGCGUUCGCGGCGCUCAAGAAGUCCACCUUCACCAACCUCACCUCCGACCAGCUCAAGACGCUGCUCCUGUACCACGCGUUCCCCAAGUUCUACUCCCUGGCCGAGUUCAAGAACCUGAGCUCGCUCAACCCGGUGAACACCUUCGCCGGUGCGCCCUACACGCUCAACCUCACCGACGACAUGGGCAGCAUCUACGUGCAGUCCAUGUGGUCCAGGCCCAAGAUCGCCAGCAGCGUCUACGCCACCAAGCCCGUCGCCAUCUACGCGCUCAACAAGGUGCUCCUGCCCAUGCAGCUCUUCAGCAAGGACCCGCCGCUCGCGCCGGCCCCCGCGCCCGCGCCGGAGUCCGGGGCGUCCGAUGCGCCCAGCCCGGCGGCCGGCAAAGCAGGCGGGCUGGCCGGCGGCAAGGGUGACUCGACGAGCGCCGCCGCGCACAGCACUGGUGCCGUCGGCGUCGCCAGUUCCUUGCUGCUCGCUGCCGCAGGGUGCUUGAUGGUUCUCCAGUGGUGAGACUCGUGGGUUCUUGCCAUUUGUGUACUCGUCGUGCUUCCCCACGGGAACACUUGAUUUCGUUUUGAAUGGGUUGCUGGAGUCAAUUCUUUUGGACAUAUAAGGUAGGCAUACCGUUAGGAUCGAGUUGGAGUAUUUUACGUGUCACAUUACAUUACCCUCAUAAUUUCUAUCAUUUUUUGAUGGACGGAUGAUUGAACGAAUGAAUACGAGAAAAACUUUUCACAGCUUAC